AUGUGGCUUCACGUGCUUUGGCCGCUGGUGCUGGCAGUGCAUGUGCCCCUGGACGACGAGUCUACUGCUCUAGUACAGCGGGGGGCCAGCCGCAGACCGCAGCCAAUGCUGCAGGCAGACUUACCGCUCAAGUUCCUCCACGUGCCGAAGAGCGGCACGUCCUUUUACAACGUUUUGAUACAUACAGACGGUGUGUGCCCAGAGUUUCCCAAAGCUUUAAACAUAGAUGACGACAGCCUGGGAGCUCACCCAGAAAAUGUACUGCUGCACAUGUGCAAAAAGCUGUGCCCUCCCAACACGCUGAGCUGCAACGAGCACCCGCAUGAGGGGCUAGGAGGUGAGAAUUGGACGCGGUACAAGGGCCACGUGGUGGCCAUGUUCCGAAAUCCGCUGCAGCGGCUUUGCUCGGCAUACUAUGACCCGGUGUUUGACUUUGUGGGGGACACAGCGGCAUUCCCACAAGCAGAAUAUCCUCUCAGAGCUAGCGACGAAAACGGGCCGCUGCCACACAGGAUCAGUCUCCAGCAAUUCGCCCUUCGUAGGGCAGGGGAUGCCACCCGGCAGCUGGUCAGAGCCAAGUUUCAAGUCCAGGAGCCUUCGAGGGUAACGGAGGAGGAUUCAAAGCUCGCCGUUUCUCGGCUCCGUGAAGGCUUUGCUUUCAUCGGCAUCACCGAGGAGUGGGACAUCUCCGUGUGCUUGUUUCACCGCAUGUUCGGCGGGCAAUGCAUGCCCAGCGACUUUGAGGACAUGCGUCCCCACACCCCGGGAGAGACUGCAGCAGUACCCUACGAGGACGCAGAUACCAUCACAGAUCCUUACGACAUGCCAGUCUAUGAGGAGGCUGUUCGAGUAUUCAAGGAGAACCUGGUCAAGUACGACGUUUCUGAGGAGACGUGCAAGGCCUGCUUUGCUGCCAAGAGGUGA